AUCACAAGUCAAAUCUCAAAUAGACAACUCUUCUAAUAUUACGUCAUAUGAAUAGUCAUCAUCAUAUGCAUAGAAAGAAAGCAAGCAAUUAAUAAUUCUAUCAAACUUUCCAUCUUUCAUUAUCAGCAUCUCCUCCUCCUCCUCCAGGUUCUAUCUAUGGCGGUGCAAAUACAUGAAAACCUUGUUAGAUCAAUGUUCACUAUAUCUCUGUUAUGCUUGGCCACUUUGGCAAAACUUUCAAUCUCUCAAGAAAGUGAAUAUGCAGCGUGCUCCAAGGCUUACAGCUGCGGAGAAAUAGCCAACAUCUACUAUCCUUUCUGGGGAGGGAGCAGGCCAAGCUAUUGCGGCAUCAGCCAGCAAUUCAAGCUCAGCUGCCACGCUAAUCGCAACACCUCCAUUCAAAUUGGCUCACAGACUUUUCAUGUGCUGAAUAUCGAUCAACCUGCUUGCAACAUAACAAUGGUUAGAACUGGGAUUGCCUAUGAUCAAUGCUCUUCUCAUUUAACCAACACUUCCUUAGAGACAAGCAUGUUUCGCUUCUCGCCAAACGUUAGGAACGUCUCAAUCUUCUAUGACUGCGCUGGCAACAACAGUGAUGCAUAG